UCAUCCCCAAGCUACAAUCAACAUGUCUAUUCUCUCUUUAAGCCCACUUUCCUUUCUUUGUAAUCUCUUUCUCAUCACUAUCCUUCUCACAUCUAAAUCCAAAGCAGACAACAACGACCAAAAAUUCCAUUACUUCUGUGACCAAAACAACGACAGAGGUAACUACAUAACCGGAGAUACAUACUCCAACAACCUCAAAUUCGCUUUUCUGCGCCUCACUUACAACUUAAAACUCGACAACGGUUUCACCAACACCAUUUAUGGCGAAAACAACAACAAAGUUAACCUGAUGGGAAUAUGUAGAGGAGACAUUAGUCCUCAAGACUGUCGCAAAUGUCUCAUUGGUUCUAAAUUCAAUCUCACACAAGCAUGUCCAAACAAAAAAGAAGCAAUAGGUUGGUACGAGGACGAGAAAUGCAUGUUGCGUUACUCAGACCGUUCGAUUUUAGGCCUAAACGAAAUUGGACCGGCUUAUUUUGCAUGGAACUUGAACAAUGCAACAUUAGCAGAUCAGUUUAACGUUGUGGUAAAACAGUUGUUGAAUGAUUUGAAAAGCAAAGCUAUAAAAGGUGACUCGAAUCGUAAGUAUGUUGUGGGAACAUUACCAGGUCCUAGUAAUGAUCAAGUAAUAUAUGGUCUUGUUCAGUGUACACCUGAUUUGAGUGGUCCACAGUGUGAUGAUUGCUUGAUUUCAUCUAUCGUUGAGGUUUCGAGAUGUUGUAGUAAUAGGAUUGGUGCGAGAAUUGUUAGACCAAGCUGUAAUUUGAGAUUUGAAACUUCGUAUCAGUUCUAUCAGUCAUCAGCAGCACUGGCUUCAAAUCUGCCAUGA